AUGGACAUUGAAAAUUCUAAAGAAGAAAAUCUAGGAAAGGUAACUAAAAAUUAAAUAAAAUAAGGAUUAAGAAAGAUCACUCAAAUUAUAAGAGUCAUAAGAUUUUCAUGAUAAUAAAAUGUUUGAAAAUUCACCAUGUUGCAUUCAUUAAAUUUAGAAAUAAAUUGUAUUUUGGGUAGAAAUAAUAAAAAAAUAUAAUGAAGGUAUGUUAGAUAUUAGAUUAAGAUCCUGAUGUGAUUAUAAUAUUACAUUAAAUGAAUGAAAUAUUAUAAAAAAGUAACUAAACUUCAAGUUAAAAAUAAUUUAAUUUUACUACAAAAUAAUCAAAUUUUGAUGAUUAAAGUUUAAAUCAUAGCUUUAAAUAAGACAUGUUUUAAAAAAUGAACGAGAAUAUUAUUUUAUUAUAGGAGGAAAUAAAAAAUUAAGCUUGCUCAUCUCCGAAAACAAUAGAGCAUGGUAAAUAUUUUAAUGAAUCUUGUAGUGAAAUAAUUUAACAAUUUAAUAAAAUUUAUGUAGUUAAAAAUGAUCAAAUUGAUAAAGAAUUUGAUUAAAGUAAAUCCAAAUUUUCAGGAUCAAAUUAUGAAGAACCUCAUUAAAAUACUUUAUCUGAAAUUGACAAAUAAUCUUAUUAAUUUGAUUUUAAGAAAAAAAAGAAAAUAUUUUCAUUUAAAAAUAAAUAACAUAUUCAUCUAAAUGAAUUUAAGAAAAGUUUAACAGAUAUCAAGACAGUUGUUGAAUAGAGAUUUUAAAGAGAGAUUUCUAUAUUUAAAGAUGAUAUAUUAAGCGAGCAUAGUAAGUUUAGCAACAGUUAUUCAGAAUUAUAGGAAUAAGUCAAUAUUUAUAAAGAAAUGAUUCAUGAAUUUUAGUUUAAGAUAGAAAAUUUAGAAAAAAUAAUCUAGACGUAAAGUUAAGAAAUAGAGAAUAAAAAAUCUUCUUUUAAGAAUUAUGAAUUGUAUAUUUAAUAAUUGGCAAGAUUUUUUUAAAAUGAUGAAAAUUAUAUCGAAAAUAUCGAAGAUGCAAAAAAAAAAAUAAUGGACAAUAUAUAGAAUCAAAAAUAAUAAGUUUAAAGUUUGAGUGAAUAAUUAUAAAUGAUUGAAAAAAAUAAUAAAAUAAUGCUUUAGCUGCAUGAGAAUGAAAACUAAUUAAAUAAGAAUUAGUUUGAAACAGAGAAGAAAUUGUUAGAAUAUUAAAUAAUAAAUCUCAAGAAUUCUUAAAAUGAAAAGGAAAGAAAUUAUUAAUAAUUAGUACAAGAAUUGGAACAAUUAAGAUAUUCUGAUUAAAUAUAAUUAAAUUAAGAAUUAAUUAAAAUAGGUGAAAUACAAAUGAAAUAAUAAUAAUAAUUAAUAUAAAUAGCUGUAAAAGUAUUAUAAUAAUUUAUCAAUUCAACAGCAUUUGAAUUGAAUGUAGCAUAAAAUUUAUAAGAAUAAUAAAAUAAGAUAAAGUAGAGUGAGAAAGAAGUGUUAAUAUACAUUAAUGAUUAAAAAUGUUCAUAAAAAAGUAUAAUAGAGCAUUUUAAUGAUAUCUAAGAAAAUAUAUAAAAAAUAGUCUAAAUUCUUUGUAGUAUAUAUAAAAAGGUGAUAGAAUGGAUAAUUAAUUAAAGAAGAGAGUUAGAAAUAGAACAAUGCUGA